AUGUUUUACUAUCAACAAUCAGCAGAAGAGAGUAUUAAUCUCUCUGGUGAUGAAGAUGGUGAAUUACUCUUAACAUCACCUCCGAAUAGUAGACAUCAUCAACAACACUUAUUGAUCAAUAAUAAUAAUAGAAAUAGACAGGAAGGAAAUAAUCAUCAUUUAGCCUUCAACAUGUCAUUUACACCAACAUCUCCGAUAACACAGGAUGACAAUGAAUAUCAUCAUAAUGAAGGAUUUGGAAGUGAUCAUUCAAAUAAUUUAUCAAAUUCUUCUAAUCAUCAUCUCAUCGAAAAAAGGCUUUAA